AUGCUGGCAUGGCGCCGUGCGCCGCGUCUAGCCAAGGUCCUUGCGCGGCGGCCGGUGUCCACAGUGCAGGUCACCGACGUGUCACCACGAGAUGGUCUGCAGAAUGAGACGGUCAAGGUGGACACUCCAACCAAGCUGGAGCUUAUCCGUCGCCUCGUCGAUGCGGGCAUCCGAAGUAUGGAGUCCACCUCCUUUGUGAACCCGAAGCUGGUGCCGCAGAUGGCUGACGCCGCAGAUGUGCUACAGGCCUGCUUGGCCCAGCAUCCGUUGGUGGCCUUCCCAGUGCUGGUGCCAAAUGCGCGAGGCCUUGAGGCUGCCCUGGCUGCUGGCGCCAAGGAGGUGAUCCACCUCUGCCGGAUGGCGAGCACGCACGGGAGGCUACCCUACUGA